AUGAGGGACCCCUUUGUGGAUCUAAUACCGUGGGUUGACCCUUUGGACCCGCCUUAUAAUUUAGACCCCCCUUUGCCUGUUAACAUGCCCCUAAUUGUGCUGUCCCCCCCUAUUAAAAAGUCUUACUCACUCCUCACACUCUUAGCCCGCAGUCCUCUUCCUCUAUCAGUCCCCAGUCCACACGCCUCUAUCUCCAAUAGUCCCCAGUCCUUCACGCUCCUUCUUACUCCAAGUGGGUCCCCUAGUCAUCACUCCUUACUCCAUAGUUCCAGUCCUCACUCUCUUCUUUACUCCAGAGUCCCCAUGUCCCUCAAACAUCCUUACUCCAGACGUACCCUGUCCUCUACUCAUCUUACUCCAGAGUCCCACAGAGCUCCUCUCUCCCUUCAUUACUCCAGGUCACAGUCCUCACGCCUGUACGCCACGAGUCCCGGUCCUCCUCCUUCUUACCUACUGAGUCCCCAGUCCUCACUCCUUCUUAAUCCAGAGUCCCCAGUCCUCCACUUCAUAUUACUCCAGAGUCCCCAGUACCUCACUCCUCUACUCCCAAGAGUCCCUGGUCCUCACUCAUUCGUACUCCAGAGUCCCUGUCCUCACUCCUUCUUACUCCAGUUGUCCCCUGUCCCUCCCCCUUCUUAUCUCCAGAGUUCCCCCAGAAGUCCUCACUCCUUCUUACUCCCUGACGUCCCACCAGUCCCUCCACUCCUUUUCUCCAGAGUCCCCGGUCCUCACUCCUUCUCUACUCCAGAGUCCUCCAAGUCCUCACUCCUUCUUACUCCAGAGUCCCCAGUCACUCACUCCUUCUCGACGCCAGAGUCCCCAUGUCAUAAAACCUUCACUCCUCCGCCUCAGCCUCCGUCUCACAUUAGUUCCCCAGUCCUCCACUUCCCUCGAUCACUUCUUACUCCUGAGCCCCCAGCCCCAAAUCUUCACUACCCAUUAUUCGUCACUCCCGCUGUUCUCACUCUCCUUAAUCACUCCUACUCCAUAACUGGCUUUCUUGUUCCCUUGGGCGGAAGUGGUGACUAA